AGUGAAAAGACUAGUUGGAACUUUAUUGCCUGAUUGGCUGAAAUUAAUUCGUCAUUUAAAAUGGUGACUGUCGCUUUUUGUGUUAGUGCCGCAAAAGUGUGUGAUUCAUCAAGUAGCAGCUAAAAUGGCCGGCCAUGAGGAGCAAGAUGCGCCGUUUGUCCCCCUCCACCCCUAGCAGCCGCGCCAUGGACAAGUAUGAGCAGCUAGCAGUCGUCGGCGAAGGCUCGUACGGCGUGGUGCUAAAGUGCCGCCGCCGCGACACAGGGCAGCUCGUCGCCAUCAAGAAGUUCCUGGAGACGGAAGACGACGCCGCCGUCCGCAAGAUGGCGCUGCGCGAAAUACGGAUGCUCAAGAAGCUUCGCCACGAGCACCUGGUGAACAUGAUCGAGGUGUUCCGUCGCAAGCGGCGGUUCUACCUCGUCUUCGAAUACCUCGACCACACACUGCUGGAUGAGCUGGAAGCAGCCCCUGGGGGCUUAGGAGAAGAUACCGCUAAGAGGCACCUCUACCAGCUGUUGAAGGGAAUCGACUUCUGCCAUCAGAAUUCUAUCAUCCACCGCGACGUGAAGCCAGAGAACGUCCUAGUGUCCAAAACAGGCAUCGUCAAGCUGUGCGAUUUGGGCUUCGCCAGGGCUCUAGCAGCGCCAGGGGAGCCCUAUACGGAGUACGUGGCCACACGGUGGUAUAGGGCGCCCGAGUUACUGGUAGCAGAGCACAGGUACGGCCCCGAAGUGGACAUUUGGGCAAUCGGCUGCAUGUUCGCCGAAAUGUUGACCGGCGACCCACUGUUCCCUGGCGAUUCUGAUAUCGACCAGCUUGCCCUCAUCAUCAAGACUGUCGGCAAGCUACCCCCGCGCCACCAGCAAGUUGUGGCUCGUCUGUCCGGCGGCGCGGCGCUGGCGGCCGGCAGUCGAGGCGCUCUGCCCGGGACUGGGCAUGCCAAGGACUUGCUGGCGGCUUGUUUGAGGACGGAGCCCCGCGCGAGGCCUUCUGCCGGCGCGCUGCUUAGGCACAAAUACUUCACUCAUGAUGGCUUCGUGGAUGUCUUCAACGCAGAACUGAGGAAAAAACUAGGCAAGGAACUACAGACACCUCCUCAGCAAAGCACGGCGCGCGUUGGGAAACCACGUCAACAAUGGACGCUGAAUAUAAUCCCUGACCACAGCAGGUCUUGUACAGAGAGCGCGGCUGGUGAAUCUUUGUUAGACUGCAAUUACACUCCUGUUUCAGAGGCUCAAAUGGAGACAUUGUCGGAGAAAAAGCCACCGCACCCCUCCGAGGCUUCUCACGUGGCCGCUGAGGCGAAAUUAAGACUCAGUAAGAAGACACCGCGCCCUAGGCGAAGCGCCGCUAGUACCUCAGUGGCCCCGAUAGCUAGGCCUAUUUUCAAGGGGCGUGCGCCCGCGCCGCUCGUUGCAAGGAAUACAGGCGUUGCUUCCUUGGCAGAAUGUCGUGUAGUGUAUUAUUUUAUUUCUAAAGCUGCGCAGGCGUCGCGCAAAACGUAUGCGACGGCAACACGAGCGCCGACUCGCUCGCUCGCCCCUGCCCUGAAUGAUGCUUUCCAAAGCUUCAACGUGCCCGUAAAUUCAUACCCACGGACGCCUUACAUCAAGAAGGUGAACCACAAGCUGGUGAUGGAUGAAGACCUGAUGCGAGGGCGUGCGGCCGCUAAGAAGGCCUUCAAGAAUCAGCCAGAGUUCUCCUUACCCUACGUUCCAGGAGCCAGCAAUAGCCCAGUGAAGAUAGCAAAGAAACAUCUGCCAAUUGGUGCCAACAAAUCCUGCGAGAAUUGGGAGCGGAACGCGGAUUUGGCAUCCAGUGCGAGAACGCCCACCAACCUACCGUACAUGUGACAACACGGCCACGGAUUGCUCCGGGCCCUAUUCUACUAACCACUUCGAUACCACAACGCAUA